UGAAGACAACUCAAUAUAUCGUCAUUUGAUUAUCACCCGAAUAAAUAUUCCAAAUCAGCAUUAAGUUUCGAACAGACUUUAAGGGUAUCAGACCAUCUCACAUACAUAAUGACUUUUUAUUUUCAUCAUGGUCUGUAAUAAACGCUGGGUCAUUUCACGGCAGGUUUUAGUGCAAUCACCUCUUCUGUCAAAACACCCACUCAAUUAGGCAGUUAUCUAUCGCGUACAAGUAUAUUGCGACUUUGCAUUCGUAAUACUAACAGUCCGCAACAGAGAAUUAUGACGCAUUAUGAUGGUUCUGACAGCUUAGACACGUGAAAAUGCUGGCCACCAUGCGAAAACCUGUUCGAGGGAGCUCUGUGCAUUGGUCGAGGUGUCUAUAUAAUUUGCCUCAGAAACGAACGGCCAGAUUUGGGGGACUCUAUCAAAGACUAUCAAAGUUCAAUCUUGUCAACAUUCACACUGCAAAAAUGAGUCAAGUUUCUGGAAAAGUGCCCGACAGGAAGUGGUGGAAGGAAGCUAUUGUCUACCAGAUCUAUCCCGCGUCGUUUCUUGAUACCGAUUCUAAUGGCGUCGGGAACAUCAAUGGGAUCACAGCUAAGCUGGACUACCUCAAGGAAUUGGGCGUGGACAUUCUCUGGAUUUCACCCGUUUACGAAAGCCCCCAGAAGGACAUGGGAUACGACAUUUCGAAUUACCGCGAUAUCCAUCGCCCCUACGGCACCAUGCAAGACGUGCACCACUUGAUCAACGAGCUCAAAGCACGCGACAUGAAACUGAUCAUGGAUCUGGUGGUCAAUCACACCUCGACCGAGCAUCCCUGGUUCAUCGACUCAGCCUCGUCCGCAGUAAGCGCGCGACGAGACUGGUACAUCUGGCGCAAGCCAAAGUACGACGAGCAGGGCAAUCGGCAGCCACCGAAUAACUGGUGCAGCCUCUUUGACGAGACUGAAUCAGCCUGGACCUACGACGCUAAGACGGAUGAGUACUAUCUCUCGCUGUUUAGUCCGUUCCAGGCAGAUCUUAACUGGGAGACCCCAUUCGUCAGAGAGGAAGUCUGCGACAUCCUGCGCUUCUGGCUCGACAAGGGCGUCUCUGGUUUCCGGAUGGACGUCAUCAACCUCAUCUCCAAGGACCAGAGGUUCCCUGACGCAGAGAUCCGCCACCCGGGCAGGAAGUACCAGCCGGGUGAAUGCUACUUCGCCAACGGGGUCCGACUCAUGGACUAUCUCCAGGAGAUGAAGACCGCCGUAUUCUCAAAGUAUGACGCCGUCACGGUCGGCGAGAUGCCGUACCUUGAAGAUGAAGAGCAGAGACUCAGGAUGGUCGCGGCUGAAGAAGGCGUGCUGAACAUGAUCUUCACUUUUGAGAUGAUUGGCCUCGACAUCGUCCCCGAAAAAGGCCGCUUCAGCAAUAAAGCUUGGAAGGUCUGUGAGCUGAAGGACAUAGUUGCCAAGGCCUGCAAGCUCGUUAACCAGGACGGGUGGCAUACGCUCUUCUGCGAGAAUCAUGACCAGCCGCGUUCCGUCACGCGUUUCUGCGACGACUCGGAUGAGCAUCGUGUCGCAGGCACCAAGCUCCUCUCCAUCAUGCAGACAAGCCUUCCUGGUACCCUGUAUGUCUACCAGGGCGAAGAGCUGGGUAUGCGAAACGUGCCCAAGUCCUGGGGAUUUGAAGAAUACAUAGACAUUGAGUCUGUCUCCUACAUCAAGAAUGUCUGCGCUCAAUUCCCAGAAGGGUCUCCGGAAAGAAAAGAGGCUAAGAAUCUUCUGCGCCUCAAAGCUCGUGAUAAUGCCAGGACCCCAAUGCAGUGGGACUCUACAUCUAACGGCGGCUUCUGUCCCGAGGGAGUCAAGCCCUGGAUGCGCGUCAACGACGACUACACGAUGGUCAACGCAGCUCUACAGACUUCCGCAGGCCAGGCAACCGACCGCACCAUGCUUGUGUCACCCUAUAGGUUCUGGCAGCGAAGCAUCCAGAUACGCAAGAAGUUCAAAGACCUGCUCGUGUACGGAGACCUUGAGAUUAUUGAUGGCACGCACGCCAACGUCUUUGCGUUCAAGAGGAUCAGCAACGGCAGACAUACCAUCACGAUCCUUAACUUUAGUAAGGAGGAGGUGAGUUUCAAGUUUCCGGAAGGUGAGGGGGUCAGGGGCUGGGCUCUCGGGAGUUAUGAUGUUUUGUCUUUGGCGAGGCCGUGGACGGGGGAGAUACAGCUUUUACCUUGGGAGGGCUUGCUUGGUAUUGCUUGAUGGAUCUCUCAUUUUGGAAUGGAAGUAAAAGAUUGGUAUCAAUGGCUACGAUAUUGUCUUUAUAUAGCCAGUACAGAAUGCCACGGACUGUUAGUAACAUGCAAUGUCUUGUGAUACCAUCCAGUUAAUGUUCUCAACUAGACUAAUUGAAAGCGAUGAGUGAUAAGAG